AUUUGCAAGGAAUUCUUGAGAGCUUCCUGGACAGAUUCUGGGAGCCAAGCACCCCAUUGGAAUCCUAGCUGCAAUGAGGUCUUGCUAUGUUGCCCGGGCUGGUCUCAUGGCUCCAAGCAAUCCCCUGCCUCGGCCUCCCAGUGCUGGGGUAACAGGCAUGAACCACCACAACCAGUCCACUAAACUGAAUUCCAAUUUCCCUCCUCAAAAUGUUUCUUCCCCAGUUUUAGAGAACAACUUGUAAUGGAGCCUUCACCUCUUGAGCUGCCGGCUGUCACAGUGCAGCGCAUUGCGACUGAACUCAAAUGCCACCCAACGGAUGAGAGGGUCGCUCUCCACCUAGAUGAGUUAGAUAAACUGAGGCACUUCAGGGAGUGCUUUUACAUUCCCAAAAUACAGGAUCUGCCUCCAGUUGAUUUAUCAUUAGUGAAUAAAGAUGAAAAUGCCAUCUAUUUCUUGGGAAAUUCUCUUGGUCUUCAGCCAAAAAUGGUUAAAACGUAUCUUGAAGAAGAACUAGAUAAGUGGGCCAAAAUAGCAGCCUAUGGUCAUGAAGUGGGGAAGCGUCCUUGGAUUACAGGAGAUGAGAGUAUCGUAGGCCUUAUGAAGGACAUUGUAGGAGCCAAUGAGAAAGAAAUAGCCCUAAUGAAUGCUUUGACUGUAAAUUUACAUCUUCUAUUGUUAUCAUUUUUUAAGCCUACGCCAAAACGAUACAAAAUUCUUCUAGAAGCCAAAGCCUUCCCUUCUGAUCAUUAUGCUAUUGAGUCACAACUACAACUUCACGGACUUAACAUUGAAGAAAGUAUGCGGAUGAUAAAGCCAAGAGAGGGGGAAGAAACCUUAAGAAUAGAGGAUAUCCUUGAAGUAAUUGAGAAGGAAGGAGACUCAAUUGCAGUGAUCCUGUUCAGUGGGGUACAUUUUUACACUGGACAGCACUUUAAUAUUCCUGCCAUCACAAAAGCUGGACAAGCGAAGGGUUGUUACGUUGGCUUUGAUCUAGCACAUGCCGUUGGAAAUGUUGAACUCUAUUUACAUGACUGGGGAGUUGAUUUUGCCUGCUGGUGUUCCUACAAGUAUCUAAAUGCAGGCGCAGGAGGAAUUGCCGGUGCCUUUAUUCAUGAAAAGCAUGCCCAUACGAUUAAACCUGCAUUAGUGGGAUGGUUUGGUCAUGAACUCAGCACCAGAUUUAAGAUGGAUAACAAACUGCAGUUAAUCCCUGGGGUCUGUGGAUUCCGAAUUUCAAAUCCUCCCAUUUUGUUGGUCUGUUCCUUACAUGCUAGUUUAGAGAAUAGACUUUUACCCUGUGUGAGAUUGAAUUUAAAAGUGCCUCGGAAUGCAAUUGCCCUUAUUGUGGUUGUGAUGGCGAAAAUCUUUAAGCAAGCGACAAUGAAGGCAUUGCGGAAAAAAUCUAUUUUGCUAACUGGCUAUCUGGAAUACCUGAUCAAGCAUAACUAUGGCAAAGAUAAAGCAGCAACCGAGAAACCAAUUGUGAACAUAAUUACUCCAUCUCAUAUAGAGGAGCGGGGGUGCCAGCUAACAAUAACAUUUUCUGUUCCAAACAAAGAUGUUUUCCAAGAACUGGAAAAAAGAGGAGUGGUUUGUGACAAGCGGAAUCCAAAUGGCAUUCGAGUGGCUCCAGUUCCUCUCUAUAAUUCUUUCCAUGAUGUUUAUAAAUUUACCAAUCUGCUCACUUCUAUACUUGACUCUGCAGAAACAACAAAUUAGCGGUGUUUUCUAGAACAACUUAAGCAAAUUAUACUGAAAGCUGCUGUGGUUAUUUCAGUAUUAUUCAAUUUUUAAUUAUUGAAAAUAUGUCACCAUUGACCACAUGUAACUAACAAUAAAUAAUAUACCUUACAGAAAAUCUGA